UUCAUUUUGUUUAUACAGGCGUUGCAGAUUGGAUUAUGGUCAGUUUGGCUAUCUGGGGUUCUCCUAAUUGCUCUCUCCCUUUAUGCUACGCAGAGGUUACCUCUCUCCAAGAAUCUAAUUUUCACUCAUGGAAGUUUCAGCGACCUGGACGCUCCCAAAAUCACUAUUUUCACAGCGCCUACUCCGUUUAAAGGCUCUUUAGGGACUAAACAGAGUCUAGCUAUUCGUUCAUGGCUUGCUUUAUCUCCUCAAAUCAGUGUCAUUCUCUUUAGCCAACAUCCUUCUGUUGCUUCUUUUGCCACUUCUUUUGGUUCCAGGGUUUUGGUCGAACCCGAUAUUGAUUUCACGUUUCUUGGGGUUCCAUUUUUUCAUUCCAUGGUGGCAAGGUCACGGGCAUUUACAUCUGACAUAUAUGCUUUUAUCAAUUCGGAAACCAUUCUCCUGCCCGACUUUGUUUUGGCAUUGAAUUAUGCUCAUGAACUUGAUCGUGAUUGGCUCCUUUUUGCUUCUUCGCGAAAAGUUUUAACUUUCCCAUUCUAUCUGGAUGAAGAUAGGAAAUAUUGGCUAAGAGAAGGUGGCAAAAGGAUAGGGAUUCAGGAGUUCCAGGAGAAACUUGGCUCAAGCUGGCAGUGGACUUGUUGUGAUGGAAGAAUGAUGAUAGCAUGGAACAAUGGAGAGCUGCCCUUACAUCAUGGAGUGCUUCCUCCUUUCCUGUAUAGUAGGGGAGUUCACAAUCACUGGCUCAUUAACGAGGCCUUGUCCAGUGGAUUCAGGUUUGUGUUUGAUGCCAGUUGGGCCAUCUCAAGUUUUGUUCUGGAUGAUUCAAGGAGCUGGUCUAAUUGUUCAGUUAAGAGCUUUUUUGUUUCAGACACUGAAAAGGAAAGUUGGGAAUAUGAUAGCAAUUCCCAUCUUGCAGCACUAUAUGGGUCAUCAUCUCUUCACAAAAUUAAUUAUUCUGGUUUGAUGAAACUUUUUAAAUGUGAUGCUCAAUUCCUUAUUAUUAGUACCACAGAAGAUACCAUUCAUCCAUAUGCCAACAAAAGGAUGAGCUUAUGUAAAGGAAGCAUCCCAAAAUGCUGGAAGUCAAAGAGAACUUUGCCUUGUAUUGCUGAAAUUAAAAAGUCACAGAAUGGAAUGUCAGGUUGCUCUCUGAAAGAUCAAUUAGUUCCCUCAAAUACAUUGAAUUUCCCCUUUUCCUUAGAGUCACUCCUUGCAAUAAACGCAGACAAGAAUAGAACAGUUGUGCUCACAGUUGCUGGAUAUAGUUACAAGGACAUGUUAAUGAGUUGGGUCUGCAGAUUGAGGCGCCUCAAAAUUACUAACUUUUUGGUUUGUGCUCUUGAUUAUGAGACCUAUCAGUUCUCCAUAAUGCAGGGCCUGCCUGUCUUCAAUGAUCCAUCAGCUCCAAGUGACAUUAGCUUUAAUGACUGCCACUUUGGAACAAAAUGCUUUGAGAGAGUAACCAAGGUGAAAUCCAGACUGGUUCUAAAGAUAUUGAAGCUUGGGUACAAUGUACUUUUGAGUGAUGUGGAUGUAUACUGGUUUAGAAAUCCAUUGCCAUUGCUUUCCUCUUUUGGUCCUGCCAUUCUUGCUGCUCAGUCUGAUGAAUACAACCAGACAGGACCUAUAAACUUACCUAGACGCCUGAACUCUGGCUUUUACUUUGCUCAUGCUGAUGGUCCAACUAUUGCUGCCAUGGAGAAAGUAGUGAGGCACGCUGCAACUUCUGGCCUAUCUGAACAACCAAGUUUCUAUGACACAUUAUGUGGGGAAGAGGGUUCCACUCGCAAAGGUGAUAAUAGAUGUGUGGAACCUGAAACAAAUUUAACUAUUCAUUUCUUAGACAGAAACCUUUUUCCAAAUGGUGCAUACUUGGAGCUAUGGGAGAGAAAAAAUGUGAAAUCGGCAUGCAAGAAGCAGGGUUGUCUUGUUCUUCAUAAUAACUGGAUUAGUGGAAGAAAGAAGAAGUUGGAGCGUCAGGUAUUAUCAGGCCUAUGGGACUAUGAUAUUACCACAAGGAUGUGCUUGCUCACAGAAUAAAUUGACUAGAAAUUUUUGAGACCUA